AUGUCUCAGACAUAUCGCGCUCCGAUCCAAAGCGAUCAGACAACUAAAUAUGACGAUGGUCUUAGUGCCGCCGAAAAACAACACAUCGAGCGAGCGCCUGCAGAACAGGAAAACCCUUUCGGAGAUGAGGAAUACGCAGAAGUCAGAUAUCGCACUCUACACUGGUGGCAAUGUGGAAUGAAAACCAUUUCCCUCGGAAUUCUCUCCCUUCCUUCAGCAGUCGCUACUCUAGGUCUUGCUCCCGCGAUUAUUUUGAUCGUGGGAUUAGGCCUAUUGGCCACAUAUACAGGGUACACCUUGGGACAAUUCAAGCUCCACUACCCACAAGUACACUCAAUGGGGGAUGCUGGGGAGAUCCUUUUCGGAAAAAUCGGUCUCCCACGAUUCGGCCGUGAAUUCCUCGGAACUGCGCAGCUGCUGUUUCUCGUUUUCAUCAUGGGAAGUCAUAUUUUAACAUUUACGGUAAUGAUGAAUACCAUCACGGAACACGCUACUUGUUCAAUUGUGUUCGGUGUGGUCGGCAUGAUAAUUUCCUUUAUUUUUGCCGUCCCAAGAACACUGCGCAAGGUAUCGUGGUUCUCAUUUGCAUCGUUCGCAAGUAUCAUGUCCGCCGUCCUCAUAACAAUGAUCGCAAUUGCUAUCCAACGCCCUGGGGAUGGAAAGAUUGACGUCACUACCAAGAUCGAUGUUGCGACUGGAUUCCUCGCAGUGACGAAUAUUGUGUUCGCAUAUGCUGGCCAUGUGGCUUUCUUCGGCUUCAUCUCAGAGAUGCGAAUCCCGACCGACUACCCGAAGACAUUGUAUUUACUCCAGGGAACAGACACGAUUAUGUACACAGUAGCUGCCAUUGUAAUAUACAUAUACGGCGGGCAGGAUGUGAAAUCUCCUGCUCUCAGCUCCACCAGCCCCCUUACGGCAAAAAUCGCCUAUGGAAUCGCUAUCCCGACUAUCGUCAUCGCUGGUGUGAUCAAUGGUCAUGUCGCAGCCAAGUAUCUCUACGUUCGCAUCUUCCGAGGAACAGAUCAUAUGCAAAAGCGAAACUUUCGUUCAAUUGGAUCAUGGGUGGGAAUCAGUCUCGUACUGUGGAUCAUCGCGUGGGUUAUUGCGGAGGCUAUACCCGUUUUCAACGAUCUUCUCAGUCUCAUAACGGCACUUUUCGCGAGCUGGUUUACUUAUGGUCUGAGCGGCAUAUUCUGGCUGUUCCUCAAUGUCGGUCGGUAUCGCGAAAGUUGGAAGAAGAUGUUCCUAACUUGUCUCAAUUUGGUGAUUAUCGCGAUCGGCGGUUGUCUCUGUGGAAUGGGUCUCUGGGUCUCUGGAAAAGCUAUCAACGCAGAUUCUGGCAAUGCCAGUUUCUCAUGCGCAGACUCUAGUUGA